AUGCCCAUCUUCAAUCCGGACGGAUACGAAUACAGCCGCACCACUGAUCGCAUGUGGAGGAAGUCAAGAAGCGGCGAGUGCACCGCCAAACAGACGAAAUGCUGUAUCGGAGUUGACCUGAACAGGAACUUCGACGUUGGCUUUGGAGGUCCUGACUCGUCUUCGAGACCUUGUGCGGAAAACUACCGGGGCCCAGAACCGUUUUCAGAGCCAGAAACGGUGGCCGUUAGGAAUUUUAUCCAAAACAACCCUUCGAUUCUGGCCUACUUUGCCUUGCAUACGUACGAGCUGGUAACGGGUACCGCUCCAGAUUGGGUAAAAAGCAACACAAACAUACGGUUCAGCUAUACCAUUGAAAUGCGGCCACUCGAGGAUGACAAAGACGGUUUCGUCCUGGAUCCAUCAGAGAUUCUUCCAGCAGGAGAAGAGUUAUCACUGGUAGAUAGCACCUUGUAAUA